GGCUUCUAUACUCAUUUUCUCAUUUUCAUUUCACCGAUUUUCAAAAAAAAGAAGAGAAAUGUUGGAAAUGGAUAAGGAGCUAAAGGAUUUACAAUUUGGUUCACCAAAUCAUCGAGACUUGCUUCAUUUAUGUCUCUCUUCUCCCAAUUGCAAUAGUGACACUUGUUUUCUGGAAUCAUCCCCUGCUACAGAGAAAAUAAAAUCGCAAAUUAGCUCGAAAAAUGGAAUCUGGACAGAAGAAGAGGAUAAUCUUUUGAUUGAGAUAGUCAAGAUGCACGACGGAAGCAUCUGGAAAAGUAUAGGCGGAUGCGCUGCAUACUUCCCUGGACGAACAGACAUCGAAUGCUUCCAUCGCUGGCAAAAGGUUUCGAAUCAUGAUCUUGUAAAAAGAUCAUGGACAAAGGAGGAGGAUGAGGCCUUGAUUGAGCUAGUAAGAAAGUAUGGUUUCAAGAGAUGGUCUUUUAUAGCAAAAUCCAUGCCAGGUCGUAUCGGAAAGCAAUGUCGUGAGAGGUGGCAUAAUAACCUUGAUCCCGUUAUAAAAAAGGGUGCUUGGACGGAGGAGGAGGAGUCAAUACUUGCUCACUACUACCAAAUAUAUGGCAGUAAAUGGUCAGAAAUUGCAAGGGUUCUUCCUGGAAGGAGUGACAAUGCUAUAAAAAAUCAUUGGAACAGCUCAAUGAAGAAGAAGUCAUCAGCAUCACCUACUAGGUGUGACAUGGAUGUUUCCACUUCCAGUUUCUGCUCUUCUCUAAUAAAGCCAGCACAUGAUUCAGUUAAAGCUGAAGAUCAAAGUUUAAUUGGAAUGGUUUCUCCCAAGCAAAGUAACUGGUUGAAUCAGAAUGCUGAUAACUUCCCAACUCGAAUGGCUAUUCAAAAUGCUUCCGUUGAGGAAUUUUGGUCUGAUAUAAACAUUUUUGGUGUGGCAACUCGUAGGGCCUCAGAAAAAAGUGAAAGAAGAUCAGUUAAUUUACCAAAUUUGAUGGAGACAGCUAUAAGUUGCAAAGACCAUGCCAACCUUACCUUCGCAGAUAAACACAUGAACUCAUCGAUGGAUAUGCUUGCAACAAAUAUGGAUUGUUUCCCUUCUUCCAGUACUGUUACUUACGAGGCCUAUAAUUCUCCCAAAUGGCAAAAGGCUUCUUUUUCAGAAUCAAAGUUUAUUGCUGGUAAUGAAUCUGAUAGUUCCUAUUCGAACUACUUAAAAUUGGCUAAUCAUGAGAAGAAAGUUCAAGUUGGAAUGGAAAGCAAUAACAAAAGCGACAUGAGCCCAGAAUCGGUACUAAGAAACUUAGCAAUGACCUAUGAAAACAUUCCUUCUAUUAUAAGGAAAAGAUCUUCUAAGAAGGCAUGUGCUGCCAAAUAUGGCAAGUCGAAAACACCUUCUGGAAUGGUUAACUCAACUCCUGAAGCAGGAUGUGUAAUUGGUUUCGAUAAUUUAAAACUCAACCAAGGAUUUGUUCCAUUCCUUCAUAGAAAUGCCAUGGAAUGAUAGACUAUGCUUGUAAUAUUUGAUGCUUAACAUAUAUCACAAACAUUUCUGUAGUUCUACUUAAAGACUAGACCGACCUUCUCUCUAAACUAUCAUUUUUUUUCAUUUUUCUUGGACACAUGCAGG